GCAAGGAUUCGAGUACCACACCUCCUCCUCGCCCUCGCUACUCCUUUAAAACCAGGACGAAAACAGUAACGCACGAACCUCCACAGGCAAUGAAGCGCUACAAAUGGAAGCCAUGGACCGAGCUGCCUGAGAGUCCUUUGGAGAAAGUUGAGAACAAGUUGACCCCAACGAAGCCAGCUAAGAAGCCAGCUAAGAAGCCAGCUAAGAAGCCAGUCAAGAAGCCAUCGAAGCCACCAACACCUAUUGAAUCCAUGGACAAGCGACAGCUCUGGAAUGGGCUGAAAUGGGAGCACCCAAAGGCGACUCUUCGUAUCGGCACUAUACAAACAAACAUCAGGGCGGCAUUGAAAACCAGGGCGGACGUCGCUGACGAAAUGAUUGACUGCUUGCGGGAGGCCGUUGGAGAGGCCAACAAGACCAAACGACGUGCUCAGAGACUCAUUGCUCUGUACAUGGAAAGCAUGGCGGCUGGUUAUAUGCAACCAAAGGACCAAGACUAUCUCGAUGGAUUAUGCCCAAGGGUAGAACUCAAGGAUGCAGAUGACGGCCAGGACAGUAGUGAGAAUCACACUGACGACGACAUCGAUGACGAGCCUGACAGUUCCAGUAGUCAGUUCCUUUAUGCCUUUCUACGACAUCUUUAUUCGGGCAAUCCUCCCACGAAUCGAGGCGUUGGCAAACUUGUUACUGGCUUCAUUGGGCGAUUACAGGAGCUGAACUUGUACACUCCCCCAAGGCUAACAAGUGCUAUACGCCAGAGCACACCUUUCUCACCUUCGGAGCUAGUACGGAGUGUGUCUACUCAGCUGGGCGCUGAGCUCAAACGUAUUUAUCGCAAUGGAGCGAUUGAACUACAAGACUCAAGGGUUGGCAAAAAAAAGGCAGACCGGAAGUAGUUGGAUACGACUUGGAGAUCCAUAACGAGUUGACAGCCGUGGAGAACUUUCUGACAUUCAACAUGAUGAGCGGCAACAGGCGGAAGAUUGCCCCACUAUCUUCGGCAAAGGAUGGUUUUGUCUCGUUCUCGGAGCGAGAGCUCGUCACUUUAUGCUGGAAACGACCGCUCCUUAAAACUCG